AUGGAGCCCGCGCCGCAGCCGCGAAAGCGCUUCCAGCCUCCCUGGCUGAAACGCGAGAAAGCGAAGGCGGAAGAGGCUUUAAUUCCGCCCCGCAGCAUUUCAACAACACAAAAAAGAACAGACACGAAAGGAUCGCCGGAAACUUGCGGAGUUUCCGUCCCGGAAACUGCAAGUUCAACUUCCGCAGCCCAGGAGGAAAGCGGGGUCCCCGGAGCCCGCAAGCGGCCAGCCGCAGCUCUGCAAGAGCCCCCUGAAGGCCACUUGAAAGAAAGCCAACAGCUUUCAGCAGCAGCGAAGAAGUUUUGCUGCGCAGCGCUGCGGCCUGCUGCGCCGGCUGCAGCAGAGUUCUCGGCCUACAAAGUCAUGUACUGCAAACGAUCUCUCAAGAAACACAAGGCCUACUACGACGGCGUCCUGCUGCCCAAGCCCUACCACUCCGUGGUCCUCAGCGAAUGGGUAGGCCACUGGACCACUGGUCACAUCGAGUGGACCACUGGACCACUGCCUUUGCUGCAGGGCGCCACGGUCACGAAGGCGCGCCUCUCGGUCGCGGUACAGGCCCCUUACAAGGACGGCGACACCUUCACAAUUGGAGGCUUCGAAGGAGAAAUCUACUCAGCCAUCCCCCAGGCCGACUUCAUCAGCGGCCGCUGCUUCACGAACUCCAGCAGCGAAGCGAAAACCGCGCCCGCGCUGCUGCCGCCGCCGCCUCAACCGCAGCAGCAGCAGCAGCAGCGGCAGCGGCAGCAGCAGCAGCAGCAGCAGGAUUCUGCACCCGAUCUUUUCGGGGACGACGAGCGCGAAGUGCCCGCGGCUCACCGCCGCGAGCCGUGCAGCGCCGCUGACGCUGCUGCUGCCAGCGAAGCCCCGCAGCAGCCGCAGCAGCAGCAGCAGCAGCAGCAGCAGCAGGUGCUGGUGGGGGAGUACCUGGCCGCGCGGCUGCGGCCGCACCAGGCGGAAGGCCUGGAGUGGCUGCAGCAGCAAAUCGGGAAUGGGGGCGGCUGCAUCUUGGCGGACUCGAUGGGCCUGGGGAAGACCCUGCAGGCGCUGGCGCUGCUGAGUUCGCUGCUGGCGCACUGCAGCAGCAGCAGCAGCAGCAGCAAAAGCUGCGCAGCGUUCAAGGCCCUGGUGGUCUGCCCCACGAGCCUGAAGGCCAGCUGGCGAAGGGGUGAGCGGGGAUCCCGGCCUGCCGCCACUUCUGCGGCGUCACAGCCAUGCUGA